AUGGAAGGAGUGGUGUCAUCUCACCGAUGUGAUAAAUGUGGCUAUGAAACGACCUUCCUGGGCAAUAUGCGCCGCCAUUGCCGACGAGUACACGGAGGGAUAAUGCUGACAACUCCUUGCCGGAAACGUGUUGUUGAGAAGCUCCUGAAUGCGCCGACGCCGGAUGCUAAUGGCGAAAGCAGUAAUGGUGGAUUCUACUGUGUCGGGUGCAAUUUUGAAUUACAAGAGAUUACAAUGGCAGCCGCAGAUUUUGUUGAGUGGCAGAAAGCCCUGGAAGAUGAGACGAAUUCUCGUUUUGCUGUCCGAGAUUCGGGAGCGACGCAUAAAUAUCUCCGCUGCGCACAGCAACCGUUGAAUGGAGACGGUUCGCCAAUGAUAAAGAUCCAGCCAGGACUAGUCACAUGUCCGGCGUUUAUUAAGACGACUCUUCGCGAGCAAAACGUCGAAGUAAUUUUUUGCGACGCUCAUUCUCACGUGCCGGAUGUGCCAAAGCUUUCACUGCGAAAUUCGCUAAUAGAAGAUAAAAUUAUGGACUUUCUGAAGACAGUUUUUUGGCGGGCGUAUUGCAAAGUGUUCCCCGGCAACAAGACACUGCAUCUCUUAUGCAAGUGGCAUGUAUUGAAAUCGCUGACGCGAAAUCUCAACCGCCUUAAAGACAAGUCACUUGUCAAGCAGAUGAAGGACGAGUUUCGAAUCUUGCUAAAUCUAACCACUCGAGACGCUUUGGAUGCACAAAUUGCUAAAAUUCAAAAUACGCUUGAUAUGAAGGACGAAAAGAGCUAUCGAGACUACUUUGACCAAUACUACCUUCCACGAGCGGACGAAUGCUGUCCGCAUGUGCAUGCGCUGCACCAUUAUCGUCUAAUACGCCCUACGUCGACUGCUUCUCCUGGUCCUGUAGUUGCCCUCGAAGUUGAAGACGGCCCCGCAGACGUUCUACCUGAAAAUCGAAAUGAAGUUCUGGAAAAAGCAACACAACAGGCGGAACUGGGAAAACUGAAGCAAGAUAUUCGAAAGACCCUCAACAAUAUCACAUUCGCGAUGUCUCAAUGCAAAGACGCAGAAAAACCUGCCAACCUAAAGCGCCUGCUCGACGACGCGCUUUCCACGAUCCAGCCGGAGAAAAGCUUCACGGGGAUGGCGCCUCACGGCGAAAAAAUUGUUCCCAUCCGCCUGGCUUCAGCUUCCCGGAAAAUGGAGACGAAACGGAUGAAGACCAAACGGCAAACCGACCAGAAUGAAAAUGAGAAAGAUUGU